CUGCGAGGCGACCAGAGCCCCUGCAGGGCGGCCAGUCCCGGCGCGCUCCGGUGUCGGCCGGCGGCCUACCUGCACGGCGCCAUGCUCCCGCAGCCCGGCAGGCUGAGGGGGCGGCUGUGUCGGCCGCUGUGCUUCCUCUCGGCCCACUGCGAGCGCAGCGACCCGCUGUGGGAGGCCUACAACGAGGCCAGGUGCGCGGUCGGGGGAGGUGCGAGCCGGAGGUCGCGGAGCUGAGGGGCGCGGGAUGAGUGACCACUAGUGCCCUCGGUGCAGGGCGCCGCUUGUGCGCUGGAUGCUGCGCCCGGUGCUGCGGGCCGCGCAGGCCGCUGCCAUCCUCCCGCCGCCGCCCGGCAGACUGCGCUCGCUCCAGGUAGGCGUCGUGCACAUGGAAAAGGAGGGGGAGGGGUACAAACAUUGCCACCCCUCCGAAUGUUCUAGACUACCGAGCGGAGCGGGAGCACAUGAUGUUUUCACUUCUAGGGGUCCAUGUAAGUUUCUUGGGUGGUCCUCAACCUUCGGAGGGAGCUAUGAUAUUUGCACCCCCUCUCUCGGGUACGCGGGGUGGUACAGGCUGGAGGGCUCGCAGGCGGUGGCGGCGCUCGCGGUGGCGUGCUGGGCCAAUUACAUGGCGUGGCGCGUGUACCUGCACCACACCCUGGACGUGCUCGAGAGCGGCUUCCACCUGGCGCUGCACGCCUACCUCGUCGAGAACCUGCUCGAGACCCUGCAGCCGCCCAUCAUCCUGCUGGCGACCUGGUGCAACCUGCACCGCUUCGCGCCCAGCCUCGGCCGCGUGCUGGCCGGCCCCGUGCGCGCGCCGCGCUCCUUCCUGGCCUUCACCGUCCUGAUGUACGCCGCGCACGCGGCCGGCCAGGCGCUCUUCCACGUGACCAUCCUGCAGCACCGGGUGGACUACAUCUGCUACUCGGUGGCCUCCGCGUGGUCCGCCUGCUCCGCGCUCAUCAUGGACCGCCUGGUGGCGCUCGUGCUCACGCUGGCCGCCCUCAAGAUACAGGCCGUGAACCAGCGCCUCGGCUCCCUCAAGACCGACCCCUCCGCGUCGCCGGGGGCGCCCUCCACGUCGGCGUCCUGGAUGCCGCAGCAGGACGCGUCCCUCGACCCGGCGGUGCAGCGCGGGCUGCUGCAGUCACUGGCCAACCGCUGGGAGUCCACUGUGGAGCAGGCAGGUGUCCUCACCAGGCUGACCCCCGCGCCCCCUGAAGCCCCCGGGUUUAAACUCUGCUCUGCACUCUCCCUCCCGCAGGUUGGUGGCCUCCUCGGCCACUGCAUGCUCGGGCUGCCCCUGCUCUACAGCCUGCUGCACAUCACCAUCGGCCUCAUCACGGCCUUCUCGCUCAUCGUCCGGGACGAGACGCAGCCCAUCGUGCGCCACGUCAAGCUCAUCCACGUCUCCAUCUACCUGGCCCGGGUGGCCUCGCUGGCCCUCACCGCCGGCUGGCUCUACAGGGAGACGAAGAUGACCGAGGCGGUGAUCGGGUCUCUGGACACGACCGCGUGGCCGAUCCGGGAAAGGCAGCGCGUCAGCCACCUCCUCCACUUGAGCCGCGAGACGGAGCCGUUCCGCGUGUGCGGCAUCCUCAGCAUCGAUCACAGCUUCCUCUUCACGGUCAGCAGUGCAGACAUUGUUUUGCUCUCU